AUGAAGCAUUCUUGGAAGGUAUCCAGAUUUCAAGUUGAACUAAAAGAUUUUCGUCCAUUAUUAUCACCUCAAUUAUUGUACAUCAUCAAAAUAUUUGAAACAAACAAUUAUGAAAUACGUCUCGUGGGAGGUUGUAUUCGGGAUUUGUUGUUGGGUGUGCGUCCGCACGAUAUUGAUUUAGCCACAACGGCGAUGCCCGAUCAAAUGAUAAAAAUGUUUGACUCUGAUACAAAUGUAAUUAUUAUCAAUACGAAUGGUAAAAAAUAUGGAAUAUUAACUGUUCAAGUUGGACAUGACGAUUGUGUAAGUUACUAA